AAUCAUCUGCAUCCUUGUGAUAUUCAUGGAUCUGGCUGUCCAGUAACCUAGACCGAGAUUCGUGGAGAAAGAAUCAUACAGAGAAAAAUGUCAUCAGCAGAAAAGCCCAGCUCGAAAGGGCAAGCAUGGUUCUGCACUACUGGAUUGCCAAGUGACAUUGUGGUCGAAGUGGACGAUAUGACCUUCCAUCUCCAUAAGUUUCCUCUGAUGUCAAAAAGCCGAAAGCUCCACUUCCUCAUUACCCAGCAAGAAGAAGCAUCUCAUUCCUCUGUCCCCCAGCAUCAACAACAACAACAAGACGAAGACUUGGAUGAAGACGAAAUCGUGGAAGAACAGUGUCACGUGACGUUCGCGGGUUUCCCCGGCGGCUCUGAGGCGUUUGAAAUGGCGGCGAAAUUCUGUUACGGCGUGAAGAUCGACCUGUCCCCUUCCAAUGUGGCUUCUCUGCGGUGCGCCGGCGAGUUUCUUGAGAUGACAGAAGACUACUCCGAGGACAACCUCGUUUCCAAGACUGAGAGGUUCCUCUCCCAGCACGUGCUCAAGAGCCUCAGGGACUCCAUCAAAACCCUAAAAUCCUGUGAACGCUUGAUGCCUAUGUCGGAGAAUCUGGGAAUCACGCCGAGAUGCAUCGAUUCCGUAGUUUCCAGGGCUUCGUCGGUGGAUCCCGCUUUGUUUGGCUGGCCGGUGAACGACUCCGCUUCUGCAUCCAAACAGGUCCUCUGGAAUGGAAUUGACGCCGCCGGAAGAAGAAAGGGCGGUGCCGGAGCCGGAGAAUCUUGGUUCGAAGAUCUCGCGCUUCUGCGUUUGCCUCUGUUCAAGGAAUUGAUUCUUGCGAUGAGAGGCGCGGAACUGUGCCCUGAGAUUAUAGAAACUUGCGUGAUGUAUUAUGCCAAAAAGCACAUUCCUGGUGUUUCGAGAUCGAAUAGGAAGCCGUUACCGUCGUCGUCGUCUGUUCCGUCGGAGGCGGAGCAGAAGGAGCUUCUGGAGACGGUGGUUUCGAAUCUUCCUACGGAAAAGAGUUCGAAGUCGGCGACUGCCACGAGGUUUCUAUUCGGAUUGCUGCGAACGGCGAACAUACUGAACUCUUCCGCAGCCUGCAGAGACGCAUUGGAGAGGAAGAUAGGCUCGCAGCUCGAAGAAGCCACGCUCGACGACCUUCUCGUGCCGAGCUAUUCGUACCUGAACGAAACGCUAUACGACGUCGAUUGCGCAGAGAGGAUUUUGAGUCACUUCUUGGAUGGUUUAGAAGCAAGAAACAACGCCGCAGCCGCUGCAAUUGAAGGAGGUGACGGUGCGACGAGGUCUCCGUCGCUGAUGCUAGUCGGGAAACUCAUCGACGGCUACCUCUCCGAGAUAGCUUCCGACGCGAAUCUCAAGCCGGAGAAAUUCUACAAUUUCGCCAUCUCCCUUCCUGAUCAGGCGAGACUCUUCGACGACGGUCUCUACCGCGCCGUCGAUGUGUAUCUCAAGGCACAUCCAUGGGUAUCGGAAUCGGAUAGGGAGAAGAUUUGCGCACUGUUGGACUGUCAGAAGCUGACGCUAGAGGCGUGCACGCACGCGGCGCAAAAUGAGAGGCUUCCGCUGCGCGCGGUGGUUCAGGUGCUUUUCUUCGAGCAGCUUCAGCUGCGUCACGCCAUCGCUGGAACGCUGAUGGCGGCGGAGGCUGCAGCCGAGCCGUCGCGUCCCUCGGCGGCGCUGGAACGCGAAGAGGAAGUUAGCGGAGAAGGAUUAGGGUUAGGAUUAGAGCACGUGCAAGACGGGAGCAGCACGUGGCGGGUGGCGGUGAGGGAGAAUCAGGUGCUGCGCUUGGAUAUGGAUAGCAUGAGGACGCGGGUGCAUCAGCUGGAACGCGAGUGUUCCUCAAUGAAGAGAGUGAUCGAGAAGAUUGACAAGUCUGGCCCACACGGCGAAGGUGACGGCGGCUGGAGGGCGUCGCUGGGGCGGAAGUUCGGUUGCAAGUUCAAAACUCAGGUUUGCGAUUCGCAUGAGUCAACGGUUGUUAAUGCACGCAAGGGACGACGUCACCAGCAGCAGCAUCAUCCCCAUCAUGAAUAGGCACCAUGCUAAACUUCCUCCUGUCACGUGAGAAUCAUUAUUUGAACAAAUUUGAUACGGGUCCCGCUUGUAAUUGUUCAUUUUUUCU